AUGUCAGUUUCCGUCUCCCCUUCAGAUACUACUUCUCCAUCGUCGUCUUCGUCAACUCUUGCUACGACACCUAACUUCGAUUUGCGACGAUCGUCGUCAUUUAUACCUUCGAAUCCGUAUCCAACUAAGACUACUGGUAUUUCUUUAAGUUGUUUAGUAAACGCUACAGCAACAGUAGUUCCAAAUUUCAAAGACGAUACUCAACUUCCUGAACACGUCUAUAUUUUUGGGGGGUUUCAUAUGUACACUGAUGAAGUUUAUAAUGAUCUAUAUAGAUUGAACGUCGCUGAAAUGAGAUGGGAAUCCAUGAUCUACUUGAAAGGUAAAAGUCCAUCAAAACGACUCAACCAUUCAGCUUCUUUGUGGAAUCAAGAUAAACUUAUUAUCUUUGGAGGUACGGACGAAGAAGAUCAAUAUUGUGAUGAUUUGAUUAUUCUAGAUUUAAAUUCAAUGACGUGGGAGAGACCGGAAAUAUCCGGUUUUCGUCCUAAAGGUCGGGCAAAACAUUCCGCAACAAUUUAUCAAGAUAAACUUUAUAUAGUAGGCGGUAAUUCUAUAGAUGAUAAUGAUCAAUCAUUGGUAUCCACUGAGGUUAAUUGUCUAAAUUUACUUAAUUGGACUUGGGAAAAUCCCAUUAAUUUGGUUCCAAGACAUUCGCAUGUGUCUUUCAUUUAUCGAAAUCGAUUAUACCUUUAUGGUGGAUAUAAUGAAGAUAUGGAUCGUGAAAAAUCACUUGUAAUCAUGGAUCUAAUUACAAAAAAUGUUUCUAAAAUAGAAAUUACUAGCGAUUCUUGUCCCGAAAUGAAUGCGGGAGAACAUUUUACUCAAAUGUAUGGUAACCAGUUGGUUGUGGUUGUCACGAGAUGUAUCAAACACGGGGCACAAGAAGUAUCAAUUGGUAUUUGGACGUUAGAUUUGGAUACCUUUCAUUGGCAUAAAUUUGAAGAUGGUGAUCGAUUUAUUCAGGGAAAUUGGCAUUAUUUUGCAAUGGCAGAAAAUAGCUCCCGUUUUUUCCUCUUUGGUGUCGAUGAAAGGGAAUCCGAUGAGUAUUUUUCAACUGUACUCACAAUUGACCUUCAAGAAUAUGGAAUGACUCGCGUUCCCCCUCCGUCUAUAGGUUUUGACUUUCAACAAUUGAUGAAUGAUGGUACUUCAUCCGAUUUCACUAUUCGAUCCAAUGACGAAUCAUCUCCUGUAAUUUACGUUCACAAAAUCAUAUUACUUGCUCGAUGGUCACACUUUUCUAACAUGGUUAAUUCUGGAAUGACGGAAUCCCACACCUCAUCUUUAACUAUUCCGGAACCAUAUCCGACUGUUCUGGCCUUUAUUUCAUUCCUUUACACGGACACUCUUGAUUCAGAACUUUCCGUCGAUACCGUCGCCGAUCUAAUGGUUUUGGGUAAUAUGUAUCUAAUUUCACGACUGACGUCACUCUGCUGUGCACAUUUGCAGUCAAAGUUCGACAUAGAGAACGUAGCUAAAAUUUAUCAUAGUGCUUCUGUGGCCGGUGCACACGCUUUAAAAAAACGGGCAAUGAGAUUUAUUAAUAGAAAUUUUGGCCCAGUUUCUAAAACAUCGGGAUUUAGAUAUUUGCCACAAGAGAUCUUAUUUGAUUUUCUAGACAAUUUACCGGAGAAAGCAAAAAUCAGUAUAGACUAG